AUGCCUAUCUAUAAAUAAACUUUAAAAAAGCGACAAAUGUCGCAUGCGAAAAUUAGCUUGGCUUUUAAAUCUACCACAUUUUUCUGGCAAUGUCCAACAUUUAGUUUAGACUUGACAACCUAGACUAGUUAGUAGAUUCUAGAUAUCUACUAGAUUUAGAUUAUUUUAGACCUGGUUUAAGUGUAGAAUUGUGUAGAUCUAUCUCGCCCCCAGAUUAUUCUACAUUAGGGGCCUAGAUUUAUACAAUCUUGCUUUGUAAAGAUCUCAUGACAUUAAGCCUAUGUUAAAAAUAAUAAAAUUAAAUAUGAGUAGUUUAGAAAACACACCGGCGGAGAGUAGAGCUAAGCAAAAUGAAGAAAUGGUUGAAAAUAAUCGACCGCCAUGUGUUGUAGACAGAUAUUUUAAAAGGAGAUAUAAAACAGAUAUUUUAAAUAAAGCGGGGGAGGAUCAAUUGGUACUUACUCACUCCAAUAGGGUUUGUGUCAUUUGUCUUGCAGCAUCCCAUCCACUGAUAAGAGAAAAUAAAAAGAUAACCAAAGUGAGUUUUGGUGAAGACAAAUGGAAUCGGCUUGACAACAAGUUUUCUGGAAAAUCCAAAAGAGGUGCUCAAUGGUUGGAUGCUACAGCUCCUCUAUGUGAAGUAACUUGUGAAGAUGGUAGUUGCUAUUUAUUGACAUGCUGUGUAAAAGGUCAACUUAUUGAAGUGAAUGAAAAUCUGUUAAAAAAUCCUCAACUUCUUACUCAGAAGCCACAAGGGGAAGGAUAUCUAGCUGUCAUACUACCAGGGCUAAAGGGGUUUGAGCGAGAAAUGUCCCAGCUUAAAACAGAAGAGGACUACAAACUAACACUUGCUAAUCGAGUCGGCAAUACUUAAUAAAAAGUUGAUUGAUAUUUCAUUA